AUGGACGCCAUUCCUGGAGGAGCCAUGCAGGACAUUGUCGGGGAAAAUUCCGAAAUUGGGCAUAAGGAAGCCAUUGAGACAGGUGCCCGCCCACCUUGCGAUACAGGGACAAGAAGACGGACUCUACGUCCCAUGUCCUCGCUGGCGCACUCAUCGCCGCCAGCUCUGACGGAACUUAGGUCAUUGUUGCCUCCAUAUAAAGCUGCUGAGCUGCUCGUCGAUACCUAUUUCGACCGAGUCCAUUGGUUUAUGCUCAUCUUUCAACAGGAUGACUUCCGUCGAAACUGGCCACACCUGUAUAGAGCAGGAUUAGAUGGCGCAAGUGAAGUUGGCAACGAUCUAGGAUUUCUCAGCACCUUCCUGAUGGUCAUUGCGAUUGGAGCGCACUAUGCCGGGCCCCAUCGGCAACGUGUCCUAGCUCGCUACGAGGUCGAGCUUGAGACGCUGAAGCAAGGCAUAUUGAAAGCCAUUAAAUCCAGUCUGCUGGAUAUUAUCUCGGUUGGGUCGUUGGAAGUAGUUCAAACGUGCGUCCUAUUAGGAACAUACUAUCUCUUCCACGGUGCUCCCCGGCUAGCGUGGCCGGUCUGCGGCUGUGGCCUUCGGGUUGCUCAGUCGCUCAACUUACACCGCAAGAUCAACAAAGACCAUGUCAGUUUGUCAUUAACUCCCAUCGAGCGCAACCAGAAUGAAACGAGGAAGCGUUGCUGGUGGGCGAUCUACGAGAUAGAGACGUUCUGCUCGAUGUCUUACGGUUACCCUCACAGCAUCAAAGACGCAGACUGCGAUGUUGAGCCACUGAAUCCGUCCGCAAAGCUGGGGAAUGCUGCAUCACCUAUAUCCUUUGAUGAACCACUGAGAUGCGAGACGACCCUUUUGUCCUACAAGUAUUACAUGUCCAAAUUAUCAGUCUUUACAAAAGCGGUCCUCGGCGAGCUCUAUGGAAUUGGGCCCGGUUUGGUAAACAACAACAGGACUUCUGGUGAGACUGGCUCAAGCUUACGCGCGGUCAUUACGAUUGUAGCGAAUCUGGAUGCAAGGCUUCGUACCUGGCGAGCCGAGAUCCCUCCCAAACUACGGUGGGAGACGGUUGCUUCUACCAGCGCGAGCUAUUCAUCAAUGGAAGAAUUUGAUCGAGAUAUUGGCGCAUCGGGUGUUCGAUUCGACAAUCAUAUCUACCACCUUCAGGCGUUAGCGCUUAAAUUGGCCUAUGAAAAUACCAUUAUUCUAGUUCACAGGCCACUUCUGUCGUACAAACUCGUGGCUAGAGCCGACGAGAAGCUGGAUGAUAUGUCUCGUCUUGUCACAGUUCAAGAGAAUCCUUUUCUACGAUCGAUGCAAGCCUGCCAUGACGCAGGUAUGAGCUUGUCGGAACUCGCGAGCAACCCGAUUCUGGAGCUUGUGUCUGAAACCUACGCUGCUGCCUUUGUUAGCGUCCAUACUUUCACAGCGGGAGUUGCUCUUGGGAUUUUAGGCAGCGUUGAGCCGCUCACGCCGCAGGCUCAAGAAGCCAAAAUUGGACUGCAUCGAGUCAUGUCCAUUCAAUCGAAAUUAAAAUCUCGAUCCGUAUUAGCCACGCAGGGCCUAAAUAUUCUUCAGCGGCUGACGAAACUCCUACUGGACAAAGAGCUAAGCAUAAUGCUCGAUGUUUCGAAGCCUAUACAAUGGCCAGAGCAACACAGCGGCGUGAACGGCGAUGCCAGUGCCAUCCAAACAGGGACUCUUUCUCCAAAGCCAUCUUCAAGCGGCCGGCGUACGAGGAGAUUGCCUCACGAUGCUGCUGGGGCCGUCAUGUCGACGGACCGACAAAUAACCAUGUCGGAUUCUCGAGAAAUCCAAGAAACAGAGACCCGUGAAGAAACGCCAGAAGGUAACAAUGUCGCCAACUUCUCGCAUCUUGAGUAUGUGGAGGACGCUUCCGUGUCAGAGGCACUCUAUGAUUUCGACCAAGUGCUCUCAACAUAUGUUAACAGCUCUUGGGCCGAUCCUGGCCCGUUGGCAACCGAUACAUGGCACCCUCGGACACUACAUGAUGAAGGAUCUUCAAUGCUUGAACAGGCAUGGAUUUGGGGGCCGGAUAUCCUACCACGAUAUGAUUGA